AAGCUCGAAUAUUUCAGGCGUCCAGUCGCUCUGGCAAUUUAGUCUCGCUUGUGACAUGAAAGGGCGCUAUCCUUUACACGCAUCGCGGUGCUUUGAGAAAUGCAUCACCAUGAACAACCACAAGGCAACGCGUGCAAUGGGAGCACACGCGAAAGCGGAGUGGUGUGGCGCGGCUGCUCCGGCGGCUGCGACGCCGAGGAUGGAGCGGCGGGCGCGCUUGCCGACGGGAACCUCAACCCAGGAGACAAGUUGGAGGGGUCGGGCGCAGCUCCGGACGACCCUGUUCACCUCAAGAGACGGGUGGGACUCUUCAGUGGGGUGGCUCUAAUCGUUGGUACCAUGAUAGGCUCGGGAAUUUUCGUCGCGCCCUCUGGGCUCCUAGAGUACACGGACUCAGUGGGCAUUAGCUUUAUCAUAUGGAUGGCGUGCGGCCUGCUCUCGCUACUUGGUGCGCUCGCGUACGCGGAGUUGGGCACAAUGAACACGUCGUCGGGCGCGGAGUACGCCUACUUCAUGGACGCCUUCGGAGGACCGCCUGCGUUCCUCUUCUCAUGGGUAUCGACUCUGGUACUGAAGCCGUCACAGAUGGCUAUAAUCUGCCUGAGCUUCGCCAAGUACGCCGUGGAGCCGUUCGUGGCGGAGUGCGAGCCGCCGGACGCGCUCGUCAAACUGGUCGCCGUCAUAUGUAUUGUAAUGAUAUUGGCAGUGAACUGCUACAGCGUCAAUUUGGCCACCAACGUGCAGAACAUCUUCACGGCGGCCAAACUAGUGGCCGUUCUCAUCAUCGUGUGCGGCGGCGCUUACAAACUUGGAUUAGGUAAUACGCGACAUUUACAGGAGCCCAACUUCGCCAGUAGCAAGGCGACUCUGGGCAACAUCGCCAUCGCUUUCUACAACGGCCUCUGGGCCUACGACGGAUGGAACAACCUCAACUAUGUCACCGAGGAAAUUAAAAACCCAUCCAAGAACCUACCUCUGAGCAUAAUAAUCGGCAUCCCGCUGGUGACGCUGUGCUACGCGUUGAUGAACGUGUCGUACUUGGCCGUGAUGUCGGUGAGCGAGAUGACGAGCAGCGAGGCGGUGGCCGUGACGUUUGGUAACCGCGUGCUGGGCCCGCUCGCCUGGCUCAUGCCCCUCGCCGUCACCAUAUCCACCUUCGGUUCCGCCAACGGAACAUUAUUCGUUGCCGGAAGGUUGUGUUUCGCGGCGUCUCGUGAGGGCCACCUGCUGGACAUUCUGUCCUACGUCCACGUGCGCCGCUUCACUCCCGCCCCCGGACUUAUAUUCCACUCGCUGAUAGCGGUGGCGAUGGUGCUGUACGGGACGAUAGACUCGCUGAUCGAGUUCUUUUCGUUCACGGCGUGGAUCUUCUACGGCGGCGCCAUGCUCGCUCUCAUCGUGAUGCGCUACACCAAGCCGCAUGCGCCUAGACCUUACAAGGUGCCAGUGAUAAUCCCAUACAUCGUGCUGCUGGUGUCCGCGUACCUGGUGGUGGGGCCGGUGAUCAACAAGCCGCAGUGGGAGUACCUCUACGCCACCGCCUUCAUCCUCACCGGCCUGCUUGUCUACGUACCCUUCGUCAAGUGGUCCUACUCCCUGCCCUUCAUGGAUAAAAUAACGGUUUUCCUGCAAAUGGUGCUGGAAGUCGUGCCAACGUCAACAACAUUUGAAUACUGAAAAGUCUCAGCUCGACUUUAAAUAGCAAUUUUUCGAAAUAAAUCGCUGUUAUUAUUUCUCCGCAUAGUAAAUGUUUGCUGUUUUAUUAUAAUCUAU